AGUUCACACGUCAUUUUACGCACGCGUGAACGUGAAUAGCCAUAUGAUCAGUUCUCUGAAAGAUGUUUACGUGCAGUUAGCUCUUCUGCUAUUUCAUAGCAAGUGCAAUUUGUAAAAAUCAUGUAAUUAUAUGCCAAAAAGUAGAAAAGCAUUAUAAAGGAAAACUUUUUUAAAUAAAUUAGAACAUUAUGAAGCCCUUACCACCAGCAAUGGAUUUAAAACAGUUUAUGAACAGCAGACAAGUUUUAAAGUUGUACAGAAAUAUCUUGAGAACUGUAAAACUAAUACCUGAUAAGACUGACAGAGAAUACAUGAGGGAAUGGGCAAGAUCAGAUUUCAAAACCUACAAAAAUGUAACUGAUGAUUUGCACAUAAAAGCAUUAAUGGAUCAUGGAGAAAAAUCACUGCGAGAACUCCAAAAGAACUUAGGUCGAACGCAGUAAAAAUAAUUUUAUGUGUGUGCAUGAUUCAUACUGCACAAAAAGGAUAGGACUAAAAUGAAGAAAUUCUCAUAUGAUAAAUGAAAACUGUUUUUAUAUUUAUAAAUUCAUCAGCAGUGUAUAAUAAAUAUCUGUACAUAUUUAAAUAGUUGCACUAGCUUACGUAUCACAAUAACUGUAUAAUAAGUCACAUAGUCUACAUUUUAUGCAGGUACAUAUUUAUCAAAUUAAAUCCAAGUAGCAAUGUGAAUGUGGUUGUUAUGGCCAAAGUAAUCAUUGAGCGUGCACUCUGUUGUUGUAUCUUGUUUCUUAACAAAGUCUCUGUCAAUAAUGCAGCAAUGUGUUGACCAUCAAAGUAAAAGCAAGGCACUACAUUAAUGACUGCCAAGCCUGAUGAAAAAACUGCAAUAUACUUGCAAAGUAGAAUUAAGGCCUCUGGAAAAUUCGGAUUUAAGAAGGAGAAUUUUGGAACCCAGUCAGUCAAUUCAACUGUAUAAUAUAUUUCUGAAGGAUGUCCAAAAAAUAGUACAUCUUUAUGUCCAUAUCUUUGGAUUUGCACAAUCUGCUCAUAGACAUAUUUAUCAGUCAGGAUAAGAAUAAAGAAAUUUAUAAAUUUUUAAACUGA